CGGAUCACCGCAAAACGAUGAAUGAACGCGAUGGUGUUGAGUUAGAGAAAUUAAUGCGCUCAAACCAUCACUAAAAGUUAUCCGUGGAACUUUACGGUUGAAUACGACAUACACCAUUUGUGUUCGUGAGUCAUCUGUCCUGUAUUUCCUGCGUUUUUAUUGGAACCUGUGGAAUGUUGCUGGACGAGACUCCGCUUUUUGACCCUGCUCUGCUUCAAGAUUUGGACUGGAGCAGUAAUAGCAUCUCCUUUUCACCACCCAUCUCUCCCUCUAACCCUGGAGAGGGCCUAAUACUCCGGCCUCUGUGCACAGCCGACUUCACUCGGGGCUUUUUCAAGGUACUUUCUCAACUUACCAAAACUGGUGAUGUUUCACAAGAACUAUUUAUAAAAAAGUUUGAUCAUAUGAAGAAAACUGGAGACUACUACGUGGUUGUAGUGGAAGACACACAAUUAGGACAGAUCGUUGCUACAGCUACACUUAUCACAGAACACAAAUUUAUACACUCAUGUGCGAAGCGAGGCCGAGUGGAGGAGGUAGUGGUAACUGAUGUAUGUAGAGGAAAGCAGCUGGGUAAAUUGCUAGUUGCAACUCUUAUUCUGCUCAGCAAAAAACUGGACUGCUAUAAAAUCACAUUGGAAUGUGCACCCAAAAACGUCACCUUCUAUGAGAAGUUUGGCUACAAAGCUUCAGAUGAGACCUACAUGCAGUGUAGGUUCUUUGACUGAGAUGAAAGCUGUGCAACAUGGACCUUUACACAUGCUCAGCCGAUGUAACGGCAUACUGAAGAACCUCAAGUCUUAAGACUUAUAACCAUAGUUUACAUCCAAGGCAAGUUUGAAAAAAAAUACACAAUUGUGUGUAGGAUUUAAAAAAAUAUAUAGUAUGAAGCAAAUAAUCAUCUUAAAUUGCAACUGUAGUCUUUAUCAUCACUUCAUUUAAAGGCUGUCUGCCUUUACUUAAAAAGACAGUUGCCAAAGAAAAGCUGUUUUUUGAAGGUUUUUUUUUUUUUCUUCUGGGAGGGAUGUGCUUUUGCUAAAUGAGAUUGUUGUCCAGUUUUUAUGUUGAACAUUAUGUGGAUACUUGUGGGAUAUUUAAUACAUGGGAAUAGAAGUGAUUUACCAGCAUAUUUAAGCUUCUGGUUUUGGAAUACUAGAAAAAUCCAAAUACUAUUUAAUGUAAUUUAUUAAAAUAAUGCUCCUGUAUUCUUGAAAUCUUUGUGGUCCAAGAAGGAUGGUGGACCUAAAACUUAUGACAAUGAAUAAACACA